AUGUCACUAAGAUAUUAUUUUGAGCGAAUUUUGGGUUGGAUGCUAAAUAAUAAAUUGAUAGUUUUUCUUGGGCUUUUAUCAUUUUGUUUAUUUGUUUCGACAUUGGCACUAGCUGGACAAAGAAACAGAUUAAGUAAUGAAUUAGACGAGCUAAAGUCCAGUAGCAUAAUCACCACAACGCCUCCAACGGAUAACCCAGGAAGUACCGACGGUAAUUAUACUGUAACUGACAGUGACAAUUCAGGGAAUGACAAUGGCAACGUAACAAAUGACAGUGGUGAGUCGGUAGCUGGUGGCGUUAACGAAACGGAAACUGACAGUGGUAACUCAGGAUCUAAUGGCGACAAUUCGGAAGAUGACAAUGACAUUCCAGUAAAUGACAGUAGUGCGUCGGAGUCUGGUGGUGGUAAUAAAAUGGAAACUAACAGUAGCAAUCUCAGAGUUGGCGAUGGUAAUUCGGAAACUGAAGGUGGUAACCCGGAAACCGAUGAAGGUAACUCAGGGGCUUACGGCGGCGACCAUAACACUAAUUUAUAG